CAGCACAGCUGGGCUUAUGUGUAUUUAGGCGCUGUCCACAGUACUGAAAUGGAUCAGAGGAGAUCAAUAAAUCACGUCACUUGGUUUAGUGUCUUAGCUUGCUUGAUUUUCGAGGUUGUAAACAUAACUGUUGGCGCUAAUUCCAUUUCCACCCAUUGUAGCAGUUAUCCAUAGACAGAAGGGACAUGAUGGGGAAGUUAAGGGGGAGAGAAAGAGAGAGAGAGAGAGAGAGAGAGAGAUUGGCAAACAAAUGUUUAACAGUCAGCUGCAAAUUAGCAAGAGAAUGACAUAAACCAAAACGUUUGGGACUGUCUCGCUCCAUCCAUUUGGCUUUCCUUUACAUAAAUAAAUACAUCUCCACCAUAAUGUAUGCCACCACACCCCUGAGCUCCCUGUGGUUGCAAAUGUAAAAAAAAAAAAAACUCUUUUGUUUCUUUUUAGAGAUAAUAAUGAUUUUAAAUGUUGUGUUUUCUUUCUAACAGAACAUGUAUUCUUUUCUUUCCAGCAGGCAACCUUGAAAAACACAAUUUCUACAAAAGACCUGGAGAUGAUGCUAUUCUGCCCUGUUCCAGUGUAUCAUCCUCUAACACAACAUGCUCCAGUGUUUCAUGGUUUUACAACAGAGGACCAUCUCUGACUUUCUAUGAUGUUGUAAAUGGAAGUGUUUGGCAGACCUCAGCCCGAGCUGCCAGGCUGAGUGUGGACAGUAAGUGCUCUCUUGACAUUAAAAACAUCACUGCUGAAGAUGCUGGUCUCUACACCUGCCGGCAGGGGAUGGACUUUGAUAAGGAUCUAGCAACACAUCUCAAGGUUCUGACAAUCUCUCCAUCUCCUCCAGACGCUGAUCCAAUGAGUGACGGUAACAUCACAUUAGAGUGCUCUCUGUUGAGAUACAGCGACCUCCCUCCAUGUCAACAGAACAGCAUCCGCUGGGUGAACGAGACAGGAACUGUGAUGCUUGGUGAAGAUGUCGCAUACAAGCUCCUCGGACAGAAGAACUGUGUUUCUGUUCUGACUGUGAAACGUCAGAGUGGCCAUAACAGGACAUACACCUGCCAGUAUGUUCAUAAGGAGAACAAUGUAGAGAUAGAGGCUGACUACACACCUUUCUUCACAGGCAAUCAGCCAGGAAUUUCAAAUUCAGGUUCAACAGAUUCCACAGAUUGGUCUCCUCUGAGCUACGUCUUGUUGACUCUGAGAAUUGCAGGACUGAUCCUGAUGAUUGUAAUCACAGUUCAAGUCAUCAGAGACAGAGGGAAAACAAAUCCACUGGAAAAUGAGAACAAUGUAAAUAAUGAUGCAGAAGUCCAGUAUGAAAAUGUGAAUGCACAUUCUGCUGCUACUAGACUGCAGUGAUCGACAACUUCCACACCAACUUAAACUCACCACAAAGUCAAAUAUCAUUUUUCCUGAGUGAUCGAAGCUUUGAGUUAAAAUUGUUUUAUGUUUAAGAUACUUUGCUUGUUCUUUUUACUCUUUAAAUGUAAAGAAUUUCUGUCGAUCUGUUUUCAUGCCACCAACAAGCAGAUGUUCUGUAGCUUAAGGUGAGAAAACAUUCACAAUGUCAGUGUUUUUAGAUUAAUAAAAGGAACAAAUGAC